GUGCUCUUUAUCAUCCUCUUCUAUCGAGAAUCAUCUGCAGAACCAAGAAGAAACGACGGCGUCUGGCCGACGCAGCCCCACCGAAAUCCCAAGCACCAGCGAACAACUAUGAUCAGGGUGCGUGGGAAGUCCUGUAUUUCCGUUGAAGAACUAUGAAACGAGCUUGGAAAUUAUCAUCAGACGCAGCCCAAACGAGAGAUCGAUUCCUCCAGAGAAGAUACUCGGGCUCCCAUAACCCCCCUACAACGAGCCCUUCCUUGAACCCAUCAUCAUGUAAAACCCCUACUUCUGCUUCCAGGUUGCUUCGACAAUGUCCGCCCCAGACGCCAUCUACCACCUGCCAAAUCGUGUGGCCAAACAUCGCCCCUUUAUUCCUUAACAAAUGGCGCAGCCCAGGUGAUUCGACCGCCAAACAAGAUCAAAGAGACAGGGUCUCAGCAUUGAAAGAGGAGUUACUGAAGUACAGCGGCGAUGCGGAGAAUAUUGAGAGAGUUUUGGAAGAAAAAGGGGUGCCUUUGUUUCGGACUUAUUAUGAUGGCUCUGCUGUUAUUGAGCUCUUAAAGCAGUUGGCUUCCUCUCCUGAUUUUGCCCUUCAGAUCUUCAAUUGGAGAAGGGAGCAAUUAGACCAUGGUGCACCUAUGACGAACGAGGAGUAUGCCACGGGCAUUACUUUGGCUGGAAGAUUGAAGGAUGUUGAUCUCGCAGCUGAGCUUUUUGCUGAAGCUGCCAACAAAAAACUUAAGGAAACCUCUCUGUACAAUGCACUUAUGAGUGCUUACAUGUACAAUGGUUUGGCUGCAAAAUGUCAGUUAGUUUUCUGGGAUUUGAGGCAGGAAGAAACAUGUAAGCCAACAAUUGUCACAUAUAACAUUCUCAUCUCAGUCUUUGGACGGUUGAUGCUGGUAGAUCACAUGGAGGCAACUUUACAAGAGAUCAAGGAUCUGAAUCUCUCCCCUAAUUUGAGCACAUACAAAAAUCUAAUUGCUGGAUAUAUUACUGCAUGGAUGUGGGACAAUAUGGAAAAGACCUAUAUGAUCAUGAAGGCAGAUGACGUGAAGCCCGACCUUUCUACCCAUUUGCUGAUGCUCCGAGGGUAUGCGCACUCUGGUGAGUUGAAAAAGAUGGAAGAGAUUUAUGAGCUGGUAAAAGAUCAUGUGAAUGAUAAGGAAAUUCCCUUGAUUAGAACUAUGAUAUGUGCGUACUGCAGGAGUUCUGUUUCAAAUAGGGUUAAAAAGAUCGAGGAAUUGUUGGUGUUGAUUCCAGAAAAUGAUUACAGACCUUGGUUGAAUGUGUUACUGAUUUGUCUGUAUGCAAAUGAGGAUUCACUGGAGCAAAUGGAAAAUUUAAUUAGUGAGGCAUUUGAGCAUAAUACUGCUGUCAGGACAACUGCAAUAAUGCGUUGCAUAGUUUCAAGUUAUUUCCGAAAUGAUGCAGUGGACAAGCUGGCUAAUUUUGUGAAACGCGCAGAAAGUGCUGGCUGGAGACUUUGCCGGUCUCUUUAUCACUGCAAAAUGGUUAUGUACUCAUCACAAAGGCGCCUUGCUGAGAUGGAGAUGGUUCUGGAUGAGAUGCGCCAAGUGAAUGUCUACUUUUCAAAAAAAACGUUUUGGAUACUGUACAAGGCCUACUCACAAUGGGGUCAAAAGUGUAAACUAAAGCAGGUUUUAGGAAUGAUGUGCAAACACGGUCAUUCUAUUCCUUUGAAUACAUGCAGUUCAUAGUGCAUCCUUCAAUUCAACAGUUUCAGUGUGCUGAAAGAAUAAUUUUGGUAACUGUAUUCUGCAGCUUCCAGUUAGACAGUCGAUGUGCCUAAGACACACACCCAGAAGUUCACCAAAGAAAAUUCCUUGGUUCCCUAGGUCAGCAACUAGAAUUUUAGGUUUCACUCUAAUCUGAAGACUGAUUUACUAUAUACCAGCAUUUUAGUUUUUCUCC